AUUUACAAUACUGAAUGCUAACUUCAAACACUGUGUGUGCUGGUGUUUCAGGGGGCCAUAAACACAUGAACUACGAAGAACGGCCAGCAUACCUUGAACUGCGGAUUUACUGGAACAGUAAGCACCGCUACCAGAAAGAAUGAAUUGUGAAAACUUUUCAGUAAGUGAGAAGAUUGUCUCUUCAUCAUACAUAAGGCAGGGCGCUCAAGCACGUCGCACCCAUGAGCAACUCAUCCGGCUGCUCUUAGAAAAGGGUAAAUGUCCUGAAGAUGGCUGGGAUGAAAGUACUAUUGAGCUGUUUCUCAGUGAGCUGGCUGUCAUGGAUAGCAACAACUUUCUGGGAAACUGCGGUGUCGGAGAGAGAGAAGGAAGAGUAGCCUCCAGUCUUGUGGCCAGGAGGCAUUACAGACUCAUACAUGGAAUUGGACGAUCGGGGGAUAUUGCUGCGGUUCAGCCUAAAGCUGCUGGUUCCAGCCUGCUCAACAAGCUCACGAAUGCAGUAGUGCUUGAUAUUCUAAAGGCAGCAGGUGUCCGAACUGUUUCCAGCUGCUUUGUGGUUCCAAUGGCCACUGGAAUGAGCCUAACCCUUUGUUUCCUGACAUUAAGACAUAGAAGACCAAAAGCAAAGUACAUCCUCUGGCCCAGGAUUGACCAGAAGUCAUGUUUUAAAUCUAUGAUAACUGCAGGGUUUGAACCAGUGAUUGUGGAGAGCUUGCUGGAAGGAGAUGAAUUGCGGACAGACCUGCAGACUGUGGAGAGCAAGAUAAAGGAGCUAGGCCCGGAGAACAUUGUGUGUGUUCACUCCACCACCUCCUGCUUUGCUCCCAGAGUCCCUGACAGACUGGUGGAACUGGCCCAGAUGUGUGCAAAGUAUGACAUUCCCCACAUAGUCAACAAUGCCUAUGGAGUUCAGUCCUCUAAAUGCAUGCACCUUAUUCAGCAGGGUGCUCGGGUUGGAAGAAUAGAUGCAUUCGUCCAGAGCCUCGACAAAAAUUUCAUGGUGCCAGUAGGUGGCGCCAUUAUUGCUGGUUUUAAUGAAUCCUUCAUACAGGAAAUCAGCAGGAUGUACCCAGGUCGAGCGUCAGCUUCCCCCUCACUGGAUGUUCUCAUCACCCUUCUCUCCCUGGGAACAAACGGCUACAAGCAGCUUCUAAAGGAACGAAAGGAAAUGUAUACCUACCUAGCAGAGGAACUGAAAAAACUAGCAGAAGCUCAUGGAGAAAGGCUGUUGGAAACAUCUCAUAAUCCAAUAUCUUUGGCCAUGUCACUAGGUGACCUUGAGAAACACAACACCAAAGCUGUGACACAGCUGGGAUCCAUGCUGUUUACCAGACAAGUGUCAGGAGCGAGGGUGGUUCCACUAGGAACGAAACAAACUGUGAGUGGUUACACUUUCCAAGGCUUUAUGUCUCACACCAAUGAGUACCCCUGUCCUUACCUCAAUGCUGCAUCUGCCAUCGGAAUCACCAGACAGGAUGUGGACCUGUGCAUCAAAAGACUGGAUAAGUGCCUUAAGACCUUCAAGAGAGAGAAGGUUGACCAGAGCAACAGACUGGAAUCUGAGUAUGGGAAUCCAGCUACAGCCAGCGAGGAGGAUGUCAGUGAGUUAGCAGAGAGGUUCCAAGAGGAAGCUUGCCUUGGACUGAAGAAGUUAUGAUCUGUGUGUUUGAGGUUUCACGGUUUAAGUUAAUUUACUAAUACAUAAAAAAUAAUUUCAUUAAAAGAAAAAAUGGAAUAAUGCCAUACAUUUACUGUUGUACCAUUCCAAGUGUCCAAAAUGAUUGUAUUCAUUUAUAUGGAUACCAGCUUAAUGAGGUUUUCCUAGUGUAUGUAAAUUUAAAAUAUCUAUUCAACAAACCAGACCAUGCCAGUGGCUUAAAAAGGGCACAUUUGCCUUUUAAUAAUUUAAUAUGGAAUCUUGCAUGAAACGGCACCCAAUCAUCAAAACUCAACAGCAGAAUUCAAGGGUCACAAGGAGUGCUGAUAAACAAUAGUCUGUGUGGCAUGUUGAUAGUCAUGGACUGCUGUCAGUGUCAACCUGUCCAAAGAAUUAACAGAGUCCUGCAGUCAAACAUGCAUCGAGUCUUCAAGAGGUUUGAAGUAUCUGGGACCAUUCAGCUGCGUACACAUACAAUCAUUGGGCAGAUUAAGAGGGAAUGGGUGACCAACCUGUUUAUUAAAGGUUUUUGUAUAUUUCCUUAGCGCAUUAACAUGGAUCUUUUCCAAAAGCUUGUCUACUUUGAUGGGAUGGACAUUGGUAUGAUUUGCAGUUCAUACAUUUAAGAAUCAAUGUUCAUUAAAAAUGCACAAGAUAUUAUCCAGGAAAACAAUCCAUGAUACCACUU